GCUCUGUUAAAAGUCAGUGAAGUCCUGCGCACUGAAGGCAUCUCUGUGUUCUGUCUUUGCUUCUCAGACCCGUCCUGGAACCUUACCUGGGGUCAGGGCUGGAAACAGGUUGUUGUUUUAUGGCAGAGUUAGAUGAACAAGUUCCUGAAGUACAUCUUCAGGAUGUUAGGGUUGCAUUCAUUGCACUUGUAGAACAGAAGACUGGUCUUCUUUGGUUGGCUACACACAGACCUGCUUACUCUUUGAAGGGUUAAAGGGUGAUGAUGUUACCCUCCCAAUUCCAGAGAAAACAUCAUGGUCUGCAAAGAUUUUCAAACUUUAGUCUACACUUGGGAUGUCUCUUAACAAAAUGCAGAUUCCUUGAUUUCAUACCAAACCCAAACCCGCUGCUGCUGAGUCGAUUCUGACUCACAGCGACCCUAUAGGACAGUAGAACUGCACCAUAGGGUUGCUAAGGCUGUAAUCUUUAUGGAAGCAGUUUGCCCUGUCUUUCUCCUGUGGAGCAGCUGGUAGGUUUGACCACGGACCUUUCAAUUAGCCGCUGAGUGCUUUCCACUGCGCCAUUACAAUCUCUGGCAGGUGGCCUCGCUGGGUACCUGCGCUGUAACGGAACUUUAGCCGAUGCUGGUGCUCGCUCGGUGGAAUACAUUUUGCACAGCAAGCUUUGGGGCUUCAGCUCUGUGAAAUCUCAGAAACAAGUCACCAGGCCCUUCAGAACAUGCCCAAAGUUCUCCGUGAUGUCGAAGCCCUUAAACAAGAAGCAUCUUUUCUGAAAGAACAAAUGAUUCUCGUCAAGGAGGACAUUAAAAAAUUUGAACAGGACACAGCUCAAUCGAUGCAGGUGUUGGUAGAAAUCGACCAGGUGAAGUCUCGAAUGCAGCUCGCUGCAGAAUCUCUUCAAGAAGCAGACAAGUGGAGCACACUGAGUGCUGAUAUCGAGGAGACAUUCAAGACUCAAGACAUAGCUGUGAUUUCUGCCAAGCUAACAGGGAUGCAGAACAGUUUAAUGAUGCUCGUUGAUACACCAGACUACUCAGAAAAAUGUGUGCACUUGGAGGCAUUGAAGAACAGGCUGGAGGCCCUGGCCAGCCCCCAGAUUGUAACCGUAUUCAGUUCUCAGUCUGUAGAUCAGGCCAAAAUGUUUGUGAAGAUUUUUACUGAAAUUGACCGAAUGCCCCAACUUCUUGCAUACUACUAUAAGUGUCACAAGGUACAGCUCUUAGCAACCUGGCAAGAGUUGUGCCAGAGUGACCUCUCCCUAGACCAGCAGCUCACCGGACUCUACGACGCCUUGCUUGGUGCUUGGCACGCGCAAAUCCAAUGGGCUACACAGGUUUUCAAGAAUCCCCAUGAGGUGGUGACAGUGCUGCUGAUUCAGACCCUGGGGGCCUUGGUGCCCUCGCUGCCCAUCUGCCUCAGCUCAGCCGUGGAGAGGGCGGGGCCCGAGAUGGAGCUCACUAAACUGCUGGAGUUCUAUGACACUACCGCCCACUUUGCCAAGGGCUUGGAGAUGGCACUGCUCUCCCACCUACAUGAGCACAACUUGGUGAAAGUUACGGAGCUGGUGGACGCAGUGUAUGGUCCGUACAGGCCCUACCAGCUGAAGUAUGGGGACAUGGAAGAGAGCCACCUCCUCAUCCAGAUCAGUGCCGUGCCGCUGGAGCACGGGGAAGUAAUUGACUGUGUCCAAGAGCUGAGCCACUCUGUGAACAAGCUGUUUGGUCUGGCGUCCACAGCCAUUGACAGGUGCAUCAGAUUCACCAACGGCCUGGGGACCUGUGGCCUGCUGACAGCCCUGAAAUCUCUCUUUGCCAAGUAUGUGUCUGAUUUCACCAAUACCCUCCAGUCUAUACGCAAGAAGUGCAAGCUGGAUGAAAUUCCUCCCAACUCCCUUUUUCACGAAGACUGGACAGCUUUUCAGAACUCCAUUAGGAUAAUAGCCACCUGUGGAGAGCUCUUGCGUCAGUGUGGGGACUUCGAGCAGCAGCUAGCAAACAGGAUUUUGUCCAUAGCUGGGAAGUAUCUCUCUGACUCAUACUGCCCUCGGAGCCUGACCGGCUUUCAGGAUAGCAUCUUGACAGACAAGAAGAGCACUGCCAAGAAUCCGUGGCAAGAAUAUAAUUACCUUCAGAAAGAUAACCCUGCUGAAUAUGCCAGUUUGAUGGAAAUACUUUAUACCCUCAAGGAAAAAGGGUCCAGUAAUCAUAACCUGCUGUCUGCGUCUCGAGCAGCCCUCACUCGGCUUAACCAGCAGGCCCACCAGUUGGCCUUCGAUUCUGUUUUCCUGCGUAUCAAACAACAGCUGUUACUUGUUUCCAAGAUGGAUAGCUGGAACACGGCUGGGAUUGGAGAGACUCUGACUGAUGACCUGCCCACCUUCAGCCUCACUCCUCUUGAGUACAUCAGCAAUAUCGGGCAGUACAUCAUGUCCCUUCCCCUGAAUCUUGAGCCAUUCGUGACUCAGGAGGACUCUGCCUUAGAGUUGGCAUUGCAUGCUGGAAAGCUACCGUUUCCUCCUGAGCAAGGUGACGAGCUGCCCGAGCUGGACAACAUGGCUGACCACUGGCUGGGCUCCAUUGCCCGGGCCACGAUGCAAACCUACUGUGACGUGAUCCUCCAGAUCCCUGAGCUGACCCCGCAUUCCACCAAGCAGCUGGCCACUGACAUUGACUACCUGACCAAUGUGAUGGACGCCCUGGGCCUGCAGCCAUCCCGCACUCUCCAGAACAUCGUGACCCUCUUGAAGACCAAACCUGAGGAUUACAGACAGGCCACCAAAAGCCUUCCCCGCCGCCUCGCCACUACAAUAGCCGCCAUGCGGGGUGUGGCUUACUGACACCACCUCACAGUCCUCGGAGCAGAGCCAGGGCUGGUGGCCGCAGCCACUCUCCAGGGUGGACUUGCUCAAAAAAUCUGCCACGGAUUGGUGAGAACUUGUUUUCAAAAGACAUGGUUUAUUUACAUAAUCUAAAAAGGUUGUGAAUUAGAGGUAUAGUAUUUAUUAGAGAGUAAUUUUUCAGGUGAUUUUUUUAAUAAGUUUUAAAAUUAUGUGAUCUUGAAAAUGGAAUUAAUAAAUUUUUUUGUGGAAGGAGACCAAAAUCCUUGCCAUCGAGUCGAUUCUGACUCAUAUGGACCCUACAGGACAGAGUGGAACUGCCCCCAUGGGGUUUCCAAGGAGCGGCUGGUGAAUUUGAGCUGCCGACCUUCUGUUUAGCAGCUAAGCACUUAACCAUUGCACCACCAGGUUUCCUGCAGGGUUUGGUUUUUUGGUUUGAUGGAAGGAAGGGGGCUGGUUUCUUUCCUUCCUCCACUGAAUGUCUGAGGGCCUACUAUGCGCUAUGCAGUCGUUUCACUGGAUGCAGUGUUCAGAGAAGCUACUGGGAUGUGGCUGUGAAAGGGACAGUCGCGUGUCACUGAGAUGUGAAGUGUGGGAGACAUGCAUGGCAAAGAGCCAGGGGAGGAGGAUUCCUGCAGAGGGAGCAGGUGGCCAGGCCCGGGGCAUGUUCAAGGUCAGCCAGGGUGGGUGGGGGUGGGGGAGGGGAGCCUAAUAUGAAAUGGGGCCGGAUCAUACAUGUCUUGUGGGCAGGCCAUCAUAAGGACUUGGCUUUGACUUUCUCCUGUUUUAAAAUUCAUGAGAUGAUGUAAAUAUCAAUUUUUGAUUAAUGAUGUCUGUAUCUGUUAAUGUUUUUUUUUUUGUAUCUGUUAAUGUUGCAUUUGGCUACAAGGAAGAGCAAAACGUAGUCUGAGUGGCUUACACAAAGAGCAGUGACUUUUUCUCAGCGCCAAGAAGUCAGGUGGUGGGCAGCCAGAGGCACUGACUCAGUGGCAGGACAGAGUCAGGACCGGCCUCCCUGUGAUCUUGGCCUUUCCCUCGAGCUGGAUGCCUCGUCAUCGCGGGGUGACGCCUGGACCCCAGGAUGGCUGCCACCUUCAAGGGGAGAAGCAAGGGGGAAAGGCAUGGUAGGGUAGCCAUGCCUGUCCCUUCUAUCAGGAAAUCAAAGGCAUUUCCAGAAGCCCCCAGCCGACUUUAUCCUGGGCCUCCAGGACAUUCGUUGGUCACAGGCAUCUUCCUGGCUGUGAGGGAGGCUGGGAAUGCAGGGAACUCGACUGUUGCGAUUGGCUCCCACCAGGGCCCCUUCUCUGGGCAUACUGACGUUUGGGACCAGACAAUUCUUGGUUGUGAAGCGGUCCUGUAUGUUGUAGGAUGCCCAGCACCAUCCUUGGCCUCUACCCGCUAGGACCCCCUAGUUUUGACAACCAAGAUUGUCUCCAGAAAUGAUAUUGGGCAAAAUCACCUCCACCUGAGAAACACUGGGUUAGACCAAAUAAAUAAAUAAAAGCCAAACCUGUUGCUGUUGAGUCUAUUCUGACUCAUAGCAACGCUAUAGGACAGAGUAUAGCUGCCCCUCGUAAGGUUUCCGAGGAGUGGCUGGUGGAUUCAAACUGCUGAGCUUUUGGUUAGCAGCCAAGUUCUUAACCACUGUGCCACCAAGUUAAACCACUCAGGAUUUAUUGCCUGGGCUGGGCUUGUGGCGGCCCCUGGAUACAGUUGGAGUUCUGCUAGCAAGGAAGAAGUUGGGGAGUGGCAACAGAGUCUGUCACAAAACCAGAAAACCAAAAUCAGUUGCCGUAGAGUUAACUUUAACUCAUGGUGACCCGAUGCGUGUCAGAGGAGAACUGUACGCCACCGGGUGUUCAAUGCUGAUGUUUCGAAAGUGGAUCACCAGGCCUUUCUUCUGAGACACCUCCACAUGGACUUGAACUUGCAACCUUUGGGCUAGCAACCAAGUGCUUAACUGUUUGCACUUCCUGGGGACUCCAGAGUCUGUCCCAGGGUCUAGUUAUCGAAGUUGAACACUCGCUGUGAUCCAGGGUCUAGGCUAAGCUUUGUUUUCACCUGCACUGUCUCACUUGGCCUGCCUCAUGAGAGCCUUGGAAAGCAGGAGAUAGUAUCCCCAUUUAUAGACAAAGAAACUGAGGUUUGAAGAGGUUUAAGGAACUUGCCCGGAGUCACUCAACCACUCCGUGGUGGGGGCCGGGGUCAGAGCUGAGCCUCGGGACUGUGGAGUCUGUGCCCCUGGCUGUCAUGUGUUCUUCCUGGGCAGGGUACGAGAGGCACACAGCAGGCACACCUAAUCACGGGUGUUAGCCUGCCCAUGCCAGCCUCUCCGCCUCUUGUGAACCAGCACCACCAGGCUGCCCGGGCCUGUGUCCACUGGUCUGUCGUCCGAGGGGCUCCACACAUCCCAUCCUCACAUCCUUGGAGCUAGCUCUGCUGGCCCUGGUGGAGCAUCAGCUGGGAGCCCCAACCAAGACAAAUAUUUUGGUUUCUCAUCUAGUGGGUCACAGACUAUCCCUGGCAUGGAUCACGCCUGGCUUCUGCCUUGAACUGAGAGCUGGAAGCCUGGAAAGUGACAUGCUGCUCUGAAGUGGAAACCUCUUUGUGGUGGCCUCUGUGUCCAUGUUUGGGAGAGCCAGCAGGCUUGGGCUCGAUUCCUGGCUUCAUCGCCUCCUAGCUGUGCAACCUUGGGAAGGUCACUACCCCCUCCCUGAGCCUCGUUUCCUACCUAACCUGAAAAAAAAAAAAAAAACUGAAAAGGGG